AUGACCGUGAGCAUAUCGUAUAACAAGACGCUCAAGUAUGCCCUGCGAGCGCUGCAGCUCAUCUUCGCCAUAACAAUCAUUGGAAUAGUCGGCUAUGCUAUCCAUGUGUUUCGCGGCCACACUGUCUACGAACACUUCGUGUACGGCAACUUCUAUGAUUACUACGGUGUCCCUGAUGCGUGGGGCUUCUUGUUAUUCUGCGCUGCCUUGACAGUCGUGAUUGUCAUUUUCUACUCCAUUACCGGGAUCAUCUUGGCGGAUAGUGUGUGGAUUGGCUAUGUUCGUGUCGCCCUCGAGGCUGUGGCUGUCCUCUCAUGGCUCGCUGGUUUCAUUGCCGUCGCUGUUCAAAUAUCAAACGAUACUUGCGCGACAGGGAACAGCUCUUGUGGGUUGCUCGAGGCAGCGACAGUCUUCGGGGCCCUGGAAUGGCUACUGUUCAUGGUUACCGCGGCUCUAACUAUGCGUACGACUAAGCUCGGUGGUGGAGGUGAGCACAAGACGGCAAGCACGAGCCACUGA